AUGUCCUCACCAACCCAAACCACACCCUCAUACGCCCAAAUCUCACUCCCACCCAAAACCUCCCCCCCAUCAGCAAAACACCAUCUCAUCUACUUCAUCACCGGCAACCCAGGCGUAAUCGGGCUUUACGACAAUUUCCUCAACACCCUACACACACUGAUAUCAGACUCACCCACCACAUCCCCAGAAUCAGACAUAUUUUCCGUUUAUGGCCGAUCCCUCGCUGGUUUCGAGCCAGCAACCACAUUCUCAUCCACCGACACGCAGCGAACACCAUACACUCUCGAAGAGGUGAUAGAAGUUUCCUUAAACUCAUUAGAAAGCCUCCGGAUAUCAGACGGUCCACGAAAAGGCCAGCCCUUCGACAAUGUAAUCCUAAUCGGGCAUUCCCUCGGCACGUGGAUGGCCCUAGAAAUAGUCCAACGUCUACGAAAACGCUCCUCACCCAUCAAGAUCCGUGCCGCCAUUCUGCUCUUCGCGACCGUAACACAUAUCGCGAAGAGUCCUAACGGUUUACGUUUCACGCGGUUAUUCAAGAUCCCCGGGUUCGCUAAGAGAGUCAGUACGGCGGCGAAGACGUUGGUAGAUUUGACGCCGACGAGGACGUUGCGGUGGUUGGUGGGUGUGUUUGCUCGAAUGCCGGAUGAGGCGGCGGGGAAGAUUACGAGGUAUUUGAAGAGUCGGAUGGGGAUUUGGCAGACUUUUUCACUGGCCGACGAGGAGAUGAAACAAAUCUCAGAAGACCGGUGGGACGAAGAAGUCUGGGGUGUUGAGAACAAAGGUCUAGAGACUACAGAUCAAGCUCCAAAACUGAUUUUCUAUUUUGGUAAAGAGGACCGCUGGGUCUCCUCCGAAACACGCGACGUACUCAUAGCAGCACGAGGCCAGAGCGACACAGACUCCGGCUCAAAACCAGUGAUGAUCGUAGAUAAAGUAGACAUCCCCCACGACUUUUGUAUAAGACACAGCGAGAUUAUAGCCGAGAAAGUCGCGGUAUGGGUUGGCGAUAUCGUAGGGACGAAAUGA